ACAUGAAAUUCCCUUGGUUCAGUGAGGCCAGCUAUCGCUGAAUCAGAAGAACGCAGGUCGCGGGUUAUUUUCGCUUGUGGCGCCUCCUCUUCACCGAAAACUGCCUCCGCCGCCUUCUCUCCUCCGGACACUCAGCCGCCGUUUCUCCUCCGAAAGAAUACAGGGAUCGCGGGCUGCCCUCCGAGCAGCGAUCUCAUACACAACCUAUACCCGCCCGCUUAGGAGAAACCCUAGAGGUGGGGAAGGUCGACGGCAAUCAUGGAUGAGGACCAGGAAAUGGAGCGUUUCGAUAUGGAAAACGACUAUGAUGGUGGCCGCUGGAUUGGUGACGAGUACUACUACCGGUCUAAGAGGGAGAAGAGGACUCAGACCAAGGAGGAUACCAUCUAUGGCUCCUUCGCCGCCGCUUCGUCCGACUCCGACUCUGACGGCCGCGUCUCCAGGAAGCGGAGCAAACGCGGCCUCAUCAGAAAACCCGACCUAUCCAAGCCCGUUCAGUUCAUCUCCACAGGUACUGUCAUGCCCAAUCAGGAGGUGGAGCGCAACGCUGAGGAGAGCACUGCUUCUGAAAAUCAUAAUCCCAGUGCGGGCCUCGGGUUCGGGUUGGGAUUCCGGGUCGAUCCUGAUAAGACCGGAGAGGGCGAUGAAGAUGAGAACUUUCUCCCGACAGCUUUUGGCAGGAAGAUCAAGGAGGCAGCGCAGAGGAGAGAAAGGGAGAGGGAAGAGAUGGAGAGGGAGAAAUUGAGGUCUGAGAAGAAAUCAAUUGGGAGAAGAGAGACGGGUUCGUCUAAAGAGUUGGGAAAGUUCGAGAGCCAUACGAGAGGAAUUGGCUUGAAGCUUAUGGAGAAAAUGGGUUACAAAGUGGGUACUGGAUUGGGGAAAUCUGAGCAAGGCAUCACCGUUCCCAUUGAAGCAAAGUUGCGACCCAAGGGCAUGGGCAUGGGUUUUAAUGACUACGAGGAGGCAAAGUUGCCAGCUUUAGAUGAGGCUGUUAAUGAGGGGAAGGCCACACCAACCGUGACUACCAGCAGGCCUAAGGAAAAGAGGUGGUUGAAGCAGAAACAAGGAAAAAAGAAAGUAGAGUUUAUGACAGCUGAUGAGCUGCUUGCAAAGAAACAGGAGCAGGGGCUUGAUGUUUUUCAGCAGAAGAUUCUGGACAUGAGAGGACCACAGGCUAGAGUACUUUCCAAUCUUGAAAAUUUGAAUGCUGAGGUAGAGGCGAAGGAGAAUCAGGUGCCUAUGCCUGAACUCCAGCACAAUGUUAGGCUGAUUGUGGAUAUGGCGGAGUCUGAUAUUCUUAAGAUUGACAAUCAGUUGAGAAGGGAGAGAGAAAAUGUGGUGAGCUUGCAGAAGGAGAAAGAAAAGUUGCAGAAGGAAGCUGCCAGGCAGAAGCGGCAGCUGGAGGCAAUGGAGACAAUAGCAAAGAUGGUGAAACAGGUUGAGGAGGAUAGUCUGUCGGGUAUCUUGACACUGGAAUCACUUUUGAGGACAUUCAGUGAUUUGAAAGAGAGAUUUGCAGAGGAUUAUAAGUUAUUCAAUAUUUCUUGCAUUGCUUGUUCUUUUGCCAUCCCACAGCUUAUCCGAGUCUUCCAGGGGUGGGAGCCACUACAGAAUCCGUUGCAUGGACUGACAGUUAUGUCUUCAUGGAGGGAUCUUCUGCAGGGUGAUCAGCCUUUUGAUUAUUCAGAUGAUGUAGUCAACACUUCACCGUAUGCCCAUCUGGUAGGUGAGGUAAUCCUGCCAGCAGUCAGGAUAUCAGGGACAAAUAGUUGGCAGGCAAGGGAUCCAGAGCCCAUGCUACGGUUUGUGGAGUCAUGGGAGAAGUUGCUUCCUCCAAUCAUUCUACAAUCCAUCUUAGAGCAUGUGAUAAUGCCAAAACUCUCCACUGCUGUGGAUUCCUGGGACCCUCGUAGAGAGACAGUGCCUAUUCAUGUUUGGAUACAUCCAUGGCUGCCUCUACUUGGUCAGAGAUUAGAGGAUUUAUAUCAUAAAAUUCGGUUCAAGUUGGGUAACGUUCUUCAUGCUUGGCAUGCUAGUGAUGCUUCUGCUUAUGCUAUCCUUUCUCCUUGGAAGGAUGUUUUUGAUGCAGCCAGUUGGGAAAAUCUUAUUGUGCGCUUCAUAGUUCCAAAGCUGAUGAGUGCGUUGCAGGAAUUUCAGAUUAAUCCAGCUAACCAGACACUGGAUCAGUUCAACUGGGUUAUGACUUGGGCUUCUGUUAUACCAAUCCAACAUGUAGUUAAUAUGUUAGAAGUUGGCUUUUUCAGCAAGUGGCAGCAGGUUCUGUUCCAUUGGUUGUGUUCAAAUCCUGAUUUCAAUGAGGUAAUGCAAUGGUAUAUGGGUUGGAAGGGUCUUUUUCCACCGGAAUUGCUUGCCAAUGAGCGGAUCAGAUUGCUAUUUAAUUCUGGUUUGUCUAUGAUGAACCAAGCUUCGGAAGGUAUGGAGCUGGUUCAACCUGGAGCUCGAGAGAAUGCAAGUUACUUACGAGUUACCGAGAGGAGGCAGUUUGAAGUUCAACAUACAGCAGGAUACUCAGUUCAUCUGCAUACUUCUUCAGCUUCUGCCAAUGGGUUUCCAAGGGAUGGCGGUGGAGCGGAUCCUGAAAUGAGCUUGAAAGAGAUUGUGGAGGAUUAUGCAGUAGAGCAAGGUUUGAUUUUUGUUCCUAAAGUUGGCAGAUCACAUAAUGGCCUUCCAGUGUAUGGUUUUGGCAAUAUAAGCAUCUGCAUAGACUCUGUGAAGGAAGUGUUAUAUGCACAAGGACUAGAUGGAUGGGAUGUUGUGUCACUUAAUCAGUUGAUACAGAUGCAGCAUGCUAGCAAACAUCGUUGAAUCACUAACUUAUGUGGAAUGCAUGGGAAGGAUACACUGCUAUUAAAGGAGAGGAUAAUAUUUAAAGGCAGACGUCUCCAUCAUUCAAACAACUUGAAGCUCUGCAUAUUUUGCUGAUAUUGAUGGGGCUUCAUGACGAUGCUGAAAUCAUAUACUUCUGUGGAUGGGGAACUUUCUUGAAUGCUUGUUACAGUAGUGACUUGGUAGUUGAAGCCAAAGCUUUACUUGGUCUAGAAUUGAUCCUUGGAGCAUAACACAUCUUUUUAAAUUUGUCAUGUUCAUAUGUUUGCUUAUCCUUAAGUGAAAGUUCUAGUUGUUUAUGGAUAUCACAUAGCUUUUUCUACCAUAAAAAAUUUAACUAUGGUUUUCAGGUCA